UGCCAGAGGAAGUGGCGUCAGUGCUGCAGUCAGAAGAGAUGAAGGCCAGAGUUUGUACAGCAAGGGAGAACACUGUCAUCUUCCUCUUUCUGGCUGUGGCCGUUUUAAUCUAUGUGCUAUAUAGCACGGAGCUCCUGGAGUGUCCGUAUAAGGAGAAAUCAUAUCAGCAUAAAGAGAGUUCUGCCAUCAUCAUCCCGAGAGUUUCCACUAACCCUGACUUGAAUCACAGCUUCUGCACCUUCCAGCCACUGUCCCCUGAGGACGCUCUGGAGGAACGCCACCUACUCGACACCAUUGCUUGGCCUCAAACUUCACUUUCACCCAUCCUUGCCCUGGAGAACACCACUUAUCCAGCUAAAAGCACCUUCACCAUUCUCCCAAGGAGGGGAGGAGGACAGUGGCGUGUAGGGGAUCAGCUGGAGGUUAUGGUUAAAAUGGCUGACUUCAGGGGCCGUCCCAAGAAGUUUGGGGGGGACUUUUUAAUCGCCCGGCUGCAAAACCUGACACUUGGCACAGGUGUGGCUGGACAAGUGGUGGAUCAUCUCAAUGGGAGCUACUCGAUUGUGUUCUCUUUACUCUGGGAAGGAGAAGCACGGGUUGAGAUGAUGAUGGUUCACUCUAAUGAGGCUAUCGCUGUGAUACAGAGGCUGAACAGAGAACAGCCUGACAGAGUUUACUUCAGGAGCCUCUUCCGCUCAGGCUCACUCAAUGAAAGUACCAUCUGCAACGUCUGCCUCCGUCCAACCCAGCCAAUGUGCAACUUCACUGACCUCCACACAGGGGAGCCUUGGUUUUGCUAUAAGCCAAAGAAUCUGAGCUGUGAUACAAGGAUCAACCACCACACAGGAGGAAGGGGAUUCCAGCUCAGGCCCUAUGAGAACAAGCUCUUUCGAGGGUAAGGAGGCACAAAGACAGGACUAACAUUUUAUGUGACGUCCAAUCCAUUGUGUCUCUCCUUAGUAGGUAAAUGUCCUUAUGUAUGUUUUACAGAAACAAAAUUUUAAUAACCUAAAUUCUUUCCUAUGCAUUGCUGGUAUUUUUUAAUAUGUAACAGGGUUGACAAAUUUGCUUGUUUAACUUAUAGUUGGAAUGGAGCGGAAUGGAGCUAAAAUACAACAUUCAUGAACUUACACUCCCCUCCAAAAGUACUGGAACA